UUGCAUUGCAGGGGUGGGACUUCUGCAUUCAGAUCUUCAUCAUGCGCAGAGGAAAACCCAUACACACUUCAGAUCUGAUCUAAACGCGCGCGCGUCAGAUGUGGUCGAAUCCUGCACGUGCAUCUGAUGCUGUAUUGCGCCUUAAUUGAUGGAUGAAAGUGUGUGUGAGCAGGAGAGGGAGAAACAGACACUGUUGAAGGUGGCACUAUGUCUGUGCAGGGUCAGGAUAUUUCUGAAUAUCAUCUAAGCGUGGUGCUCAACCCGCCUGGCUGGGAAGUGUUUUUGUAUGUGUUUGGGUUCCUGGUUCUGUUUGCUGUGGUUAUAGUGAAUCUGUGGAAAUUAUAUAAAUCCGGCUCCUUCCCGACUCCCUCUCCGUUCCCAAACUUUCACUACCGCUACCUGCAGGAGAAAUAUGGCUCCUCCCACUCUGAGGUCAGACAGAAGCGUGUUGCCGCUUCCAACCAGCGGAGGGCGUCCUCUGCGAGCCGAAAGCCGAGUCUCCAGCUGUUGGACACUCCAGAUGGUCUUCGGGAUCUCGGGACGCUGGAGCUGAUGAACCGAGAGCUGGAUCCGAGCGGGAGCACCCUGAACCGCUCUGUGUCCUCUGAAUCGCUGUGCUCCAUCUCGUCCAUCGCUCAAACCUUCGGCCACGACUUCACGGUGGGGCAGCUGGAGGUCACGCUGGAGCUGGACACUCGCGCUUCUCUUCUGCUCGUCUCACUGCACCAGGGGAAAGACCUGCUGGAGAAGGAGGAGGAGAACUUCCCUGGAUGCUGCAUCACCAUCACGCUGGUCCCUCAGCAGAUCAGCCUGGGAUCCACACGGGUCCAGAGAAACGCCUUCACCGUGGUGUUUGACCAGCGCUUUUCUGCUCCGCUGGAUUCAGUAAAUCUGGAUGAGAACAGUCUGCGCUUCUCCGCCUUCGGUGUGGAUUCAGACGAACGGCACAUCAGUGCUGGAGUGGCAGAACUUAAACUGUCGGAUCUGGACCUUCCGUUCCGGCCGUUUAACGCCUGGCUUUACCUGCAGGACAUCAACAAGGCUGUGGAUGCUGUGGGCGAGAUCCUGUUGUCCCUCAGUUAUUUGCCGACUGCUGAACGCCUCACCGUGGUCAUCGCCAAAGCCAAGAACCUGAUCUGGACUAAUGGAAAGACCACGGCAGAUCCGUUUGUGAAGGUGUACCUGCUUCAGGACGGCAGGAAGAUCAGUAAAAAAAAGACGUCCGUAAAAAGGGAUGAUACCAACCCCAUCUUCAAUGAGGCGAUGAUCUUCUCUGUGCCAGCCAUCGUCCUGCAGGAUCUCUCUUUGAGAGUGACUGUCGCUGAGAGCACAGAGGACGGCCGUGGUGAAAACGUGGGUCAUGUGAUCAUCGGGCCAGAGGCCAGUGGAAUGGGAAUAACUCACUGGAACCAGAUGUUGGCUACUUUGCGGAAACCAGUUUCAAUGUGGCACCUGCUCCGGAGGACCUAAGUCCUGACCCUUGACCCCUGACCCCUGACUCCUGUCUGCAUGGUGCCUACUGUCUAACUGUCCUAACAGUAAAGACGUUUGAAUAUAAAGAGAAAAUCGUUGUCCCGAGGGUGGAUGGAUCUUUAAAGAGAGAAAGAGAGCUAAAUGGGCGGCUCGGGAUGUCUCAUCUGUAAGGCUCUUUGAAAUCCAGGUUUUCUAAUCCAGGUUAACUUUAUUUCUACACAUGAUAACAGGGUGGCUGGUCUUGUGCUGCAGCCUUUGGGGGGAAAUUGCAGUAGCCACAUUCUGUUGUACUAAAAAGUACAGCAUAAAAAAUAAGACAUUUUUUGUUUGGCCAUAGGUAUCUAUUAUUAUUAAUUUUAGUGGGUUGAAUGGUUGAAUGGAAUAUUUUUUUCUGCUUAAACAUUGUAAAAUAAAUAUAAGACAUAACCUUGGGACGGCCUGUCCCUUUUCUCAGGCAAGUGCAAUGACACUUAUUAGCCUAAUAUUGGCGCUACUGAGCCAAAUCACAUAUUAUAGACGCAGCAUUGAAGUGCUGUUUUUUUUUUUUUUCUCCUUUUUUAAUAGUUGUAUUUAUUUAUUUAUUUUGACAAAUACAUUCUACCACUGGGGGCGUGCAAGUACUUUAUAAAAUCAGUGUUGGGGAAGUUGCUAAAAGAAGUAUUUUAAUAAUUAUUACCUCUUAAGUUUUAUAUUGCAAUGUGAUUACUUCUGAACAGUUAUAAAAUUACACAUUAAUUAAAUCAGUUAACUUCUAAAAUCCAAACUUUAACAUAGUUUCAUGCGGCCAAGUUGUUACGUUCUUCGACAGAUUGCUUGUGCUGUUCUGUGCGGGUGAGGUACGUUUUUGUCAGGGCGUAAGUUUGAAUUUAUAACCAUUUCGCCACUCUUUUCUGCCAUCCUCACACUUGGUUAGCAUGUCAAAAUGAAAGAAAGUGCUUUUUGAUCAAUAGUAUAUUUGUUGUUGGACCUUAAAUAUUGUUGUUGAAUUAGCCUUAGUACAUUCAAAUCAUAUAUGUAGCGCAAGUAACUACGAAACCGUAACUGUUACGGGAUUACUGAAACAUAAAUAGCAAUCCCUUAUGUUAUUUCAUCACAGGAACAUGUACUUUGUAGUUUUGUACUUUGUAACGCAUCACCCCAACACUGCAUAAAGUACAUACAUUCAUAUCAAACUGGAAUAUGUAUAAACUAAUAUCCUUUCACGUUCUCAUGAGUUUUCCUCGGCACGAAAGAAAAUGUAAAGGUGUUUUAACUGCCGCAAUAAUUAAAACUUUUGAUGACAGAAUGUAAAAACUUCAUACCAAAAUCUGUAAAUCACUUCCUACAUCGUAAACACCUCAAAUGUUUUGUAGAAUGAAUAACAGAUUUGAGCUUUUUGCAGUGGUGAAGUCAUUUGAUUUGAUGAAGUGCUGCAAUUGUUGUGAUUCAUUUUUACUACUAACAGUAUUUUAAGCUUGUCACCAUUAAACUUCAUUCUGUGCCAAAUUCACCCUAAUAGAAGCAAUAUUCUCAUCUGUAGCCUACAUCUGAUGUCGGUGAACUUUAAAAGAUUUAACGAAUGAUAAUGCAUGCACAUGUAAUGUAGGACAUACUGCAAUCCACUGAAUUGUUUAAAUAAAAAUGCUUUAUGUGGUUUGUUUUAUAUGAA